AUGUCAAUCGUGGAUUUAAUUUGUCGUUUAGUUGCGAGAAUAUAUUUCACGUUUGUGCAUAUUAUAUGUUGGAUUGUUGGAGUGGUUCUCAGGAAACGAAAUGUAUCGAAACCAGAGAAUAGUCUACUGCUAAUGAGUGCGAAACAAGCGGCUGAUAGGAUUCGCAAACGAGAGAUCAAAAGUAUCGAUCUGAUUGAAGCGUAUAUUGCUCGAAUUGAACAAGUGAACGGCAUUACCAAUUCGGUUGUGGAGAAUAAUUUCGACGAGGCACGUCAAAACGCACGAGAAGUGGACACGAUUCUGGAUAGUAUCGAUGAGAAGGGCGAAGCUUUCAAUGAAUUAAUGAAUGCUAAACCCCUUCUUGGAGUACCGUUCACAGUCAAAGACUGCAUUGAAGUGAAAGGCAUGCACUGUACCGCUGGACUGGUGAAUCGACGUGAUAUGGUCGCUUCCGAAGAUGCAGACGUGGUGGCGAGAACGGUUGGCGGAAGUUCGGGUGGUGAAGCGGCCCUGGUCGCGGCCGCCGGCUCAGUGAUUGGACUAGGAUCGGAUAUUGGCGGUUCCAUUCGAAUACCGAGUUAUUUCAAUGGGGUGUUCGGACUGAAGCCAAGCUCAGGUGUGGUAUCACUUGUUGGUCAUGUCAUCGAAACAACUGGACAUCCAGAGAAGAUGUUGCGUAUUGGACCGAUUUGUCGCUAUGCUGAAGAUUUACCAAUUAUUCUUAAGGUGAUAGUAUCGGACGAUAAAUUAGAAUCAUUGCAAUUGAACAAGUCGACAGAUUUGAAAACGUUACGUGUCUUCUACAUGAACGGCAUAUCGAAUUGUUUCGUGGAACCGCUCGGAUCUGAAUGCAGUAACGCUCUGAAACUGGCCGUGGAACAUUUCGAGCGUAAAUACGACAUAUGCGCAAUUCGAGUGGAUCUUCCGCUGGUGCAUAACGCUCUCGACUUUUAUUUCACAAGUAUGAACGUGCCCGGAGAGCCGGCAAUGGUACAUGAAAUGAGUGGAAUAAAAGUGAUUAUUUAA